AUGCCUCACAUCUUCAUCACGCUGUUUGUUUCUUUGCCGACAAUUCUGGUGGCACGAAGCCCGCAUGGCAGCUGUGUGGCACCUGUCUUGCUGCAGAAGCAGCAGGCGUUGAAUGAUCACAUUGUGUUGUCUUCAGCAUCAUCGAAGGAGCAAAGUUUUCAGCAGCAGCAGCAGGAGGUCAGUGCGACCUCAGUUGGCAUCCAGCCAUCCGUGAACGUUGACUCUACAGAGGUGGAUGCGGAACAUUUCGGUGCGUCCAAAACGAUCGACAAGGAUGAGGCGGAGGUGAAAUCGCUGCUGAAGGGCGGCCUGGAGAGCGAAAUGAACUUUUGUCUCCCCAGUCCGUCGCAGGCUUUCGUCGAUGUGGUGCAGGGCAACGCCACCAACAUUGACACCGUCCUUUUGGACAUGACGAAUGCCUUCAACAACAGCGAGGUGCUCGACAUCCUGGUCACCGCGAUUACUAUGGAUGGCGCCUACGUAGAAGGUGCUGGGUUCUGGGCAUCGCUUGGUGAAAACACGGCAACACAUCUUGUUCUCCAGCUUGAUCGAGUCAGGUCAGUAAUUGACAUUUUCCAGCCUCCUACAAGUAUCCGCACCAGUGACCUUCAAAGCCAGGAGGAAGUAGCCCUUGGAGUUGGAGAUGGAUGGUUGGACGUGCUCGCUUUGUUGCCUUGCCCUCCGAAAAUGGAUCAGAAGGUGGUCAUUGAUGCUUCUCAGUUGGUGUCGCGAAUGUUCUACACUAACGUGCUAGACAGCUUCGCGAGCUACCGCAUCGUUGCGGCUGAGGCCUACCCUCAGAACUUCGAUGUGACCGUGGAAUACCUCAGCGUACCAGCACCAGUGAUUUUGGGAUUCUCAGUGGUAAUGCUUCCAUCGAGACCAAUGAAGCCUCGCGUGGCCGAUGACCGGUUGCUGUAUUUCACGACAGACUUCAUGGACGUGGGAUACCAUCAAGCGGACUCGCACACUCUGCCGAGCGAGGCAGUUGAUCGGCAAAUGUCUGUCAUUUGGCGCUGGGAUUUGGCAAAGCUUCCAAAUCGGACCAUAAGGAUGCAUGUGGACCCAACUGUGCCACUUCGAUGGCAAAUGUGGGUAAAGGAAGGCAUCGAGGCUUGGAACGAGGCCUUUGUGCCGAUGCGGCAGCCAGCGACAGUCAGAGCAGUUCUUCCAUCUGAUGAUGAUUGGCCCCAAGACUACAACCUUGCUGAUGCACGUUUCAAUGCCAUUUACUGGUCGCUAUCAGAUGAGAUCUCCAGCGAGGGUGAUGCCCAGGUGGAUCCGCGUACGGGCGAGAUCCUGAAGGCGGAUAUCCGCAUGGGCAGCGGCUGGGUCUGGGCUUGGCUCUCUGAGCUCGACCUCCUAGCGGCCAAUGCUACGCACGAGGAUCGCCUGGCGCUGCUGGGGCAAGGAGUAAAGAUGGCAAGGCCGCCGAGAUAUUCCACGAGGCAUCGACGCAAGCUCGGGAGCUGGCAGUCUCAGCAUCCACGAAAGCCCACCAAGAUCCAGAGCUCCAAGGGUACGGAUGGGCAGGUGAGCUCUGCAGCACAGACCCCAGAGCAAGGUGUGCACGGUGCACAUGCUGGGCCGCUGCUGCUAUCCAUGAGCCAGCCGCUGACUGCCUCUCAGCUGGAGGUAUUGAUGGGAGAGGGCCUCCGAAGUGUGGUGAUGCACGAGAUGGGCCACAUCCUUGGCCUGAGGCACAACUUCAAAGGAAGCACGGCCAUCAGCCAGACGUGUCUACAGAAUCGGAGCUGCACUGGGGUGCAUAGCCUCUCCGCGAGCAUCAUGGACUAUGUCCCGAUGAAUCUACCGGAGCCUGGGCACGACCCAAAUUCCGUACACAUCUUCCCGCCGACCAUCGGGGCCUAUGACAAGCUGGCAAUUCGCUUUGGCUACACGGAGCCUUCCGAGCUGCCUUUUGAGACCUUCUCGAAGCUUGACGCCAUUUUGGAGGAGGCCAAAGCCUUUGAUGUCUGUUACGAUGCAGACGAGUCUGGGGAAGAUCCUUUCUGCAUGGCGGAAGACCUCAGCGAGGACCCUGUAGCUUUUCACGAGCAACGCCUCAAGCGAAUAGCCCACUCGCAAGCCGAGCUGCACAAGCGUUACGUGCAGGCCGAUGGCCCUUGGCGAAACUAUGGCAAGUCGCUGCGCUCUCUGCUGAGGGAGGCAUCAUUUGCCGGUCGCAGCCUUGUAGGCUGGGUUGGUGGCAUUCGCAACAGCUAUGCCCAUCGUGGUGCCGUGUGGAAUGCGUCGAAGGCCCGCCAGCCUGUGCCUCUUCAGAUGCAGCGUCGAGCGCUGGAGGCUUUGCUGAAGAUAAUGCGGCCAGAUGCCGCAGGAUUGCUGCCGCCAGCAGAGGCAUUGCCAUUUGCAGUGACCGGUCAGGAGGACUCGCUGAGAAGCCUGGAUCUUGUAAGGCUCUCGGAGAAGCUGAUCAAAGAGCUGCUGGAUCUUCUCCUCUCGUCCAAGCGCCUCCUACAGGUCAGGAAGCAGGAGCUGCUGCUCAAGCAGAACAGGCUGAGCGAUGGCAUCCUGGGAGGCUUUCACCUGGACUUGAACCACCCGCAAUCCUCGGCCGCGCUGACUGCAGAAAUGAGCCUGCAGCUGGAGUUCGUUCGGGGCAUGACUGCGCUGUACCGCAAUGAGGACCUCCCAGCUUCUCUGGAAGCGCAGCUCCUGCUCCAGCUGCGGCAGCUUCGUCGUGACACCGGCGCUGCUGAGCUGCGCCUGCGCCAGGCAUUGGCGACGGCGAACUCAAAAGAAUGGCCGACACUCUUGGAGGUCCACGUCACGGUGCUGAACCGUGAGCUUGCUUCAGCGCUAUGCGGCAAGGGCGAGAACUGCAAGGAUGCAAAAUCUGGUGUGCCACGAAUGACUUCAGCAGCGCUGGUGCUGGUGUUGGGUUCAGCCUUUCGCUGGCUGUGGUAG